AUGACAUUUUUUCAUUCAUCAUCCGGUGUUCUGGGAAUCAUCGCACUUGGUGGCGGCGACAACGGUGGGCGACUGGUGGCGACCGUAUCGCAUGGGGUUGCGCGACGCAGCUGUGCUCCGCCCGCGUGCCGCUCUUUCCCCGUCCGCGCGACCCUCCGCGGGCCCCGCUACCGCAAGUCAUACCAGCGAAUCCCCUCUCGCCGCGGGACCGGCUCCAUCCCCGUACCGCUCACUCCUAACACUCGCGACGCACCGAUUCGUCGCGCUCUUCUUCUCCUCGCGGUCGUCGCGGCGUUCGUCGCGGCGGGGCUCCUCGCCUCGUACGCGCGCAGCCCGGCGCAGCUGCCGGGGGCGCGCAUCCCGGCGCAGCAGCCAAAGGCGCGCAGCUCGGCGCAGCUGCCGGGGGCGCGCAUCCCGGCGCAGCAGCCAAAGGCGCGCAGCUCGGCGCAGCAGCCCGGGGGGCUCCUCGCGGCGGGGGCUCCUCGCCUCGCGCGCGCGCAGCCCGGCGCAGCUGCCGGAGGCGCAGAGGGCGGAAACGGCAGGCGGAGAGAAAAAAUCCGAAAACGGGCGAGCGUGGGCACGUGGGCUGUAUUGCAACGUCACCAGCAUGAUGAGGUGAGGGAGGGGACGAGGGAAGGGAGUGUGCAGCUGCAGCUCGGUGCUGAAACACACGCCAUUGCUUUCAUCAAGCGCACUCAGGAGCGGGGGGAUGAUGAGCAUGGGCACCAGCCAGUUGUCCUCAUGGAGUGGGAGUGGGAGUCGGACGUCAUGCCCAUGCGCAAGCUCCCCCUUCUGUAUCCCCCCGGUUUCCGCCCUCCCCCUUUCAUUCCCCCGCAGCCAGCAACCGAUAAUCCUGAUGGUGCAUUUUCAGGCUCUAUUCGGCUCGUGGGAGUGGGUGGGACGUCAUGCCCAACCCCCUUUCAUCACCCCCCACCCAGCAGCCAAUGGUCCGCAUGGAGCAUUCUCAGGCUCGCUUUGCCUCGUGGGAGCGGGAUGUCGCUCGUGGGAGUGGAACGUCAUGACCAUGGGCAAGUUCCUCAUUCCCCUCUCUGCGUCCUCCUCUCCCCUUUCGCCCCCCCCCCCAGGCAGCAGCCAAUAAGUCCUGAUGGAUCAUUUCUUGGCUCGAUUCGGCUCGUGGGACGUCAUGCCCACCCCAUGCCUUUUCCCUCUUCCGUUUCCCCCCGCCCCAGCCGGCAGCCAAUAAUUUUCCUGGAGCAUUUUCAGGCUCGCUUCGGUUCGUGGGAGUGGGACGUCAUACCCAUGCGCAAGUCCCCCAUCGGGCCACGCACGGAGAAGCUAGCUGUGUGGAGGAACGUGUUUCUGGUGGUGCGUGCACCGGAGGAGGGGCAGUACGGGUUCAUGCUGUGCGAUAAGGAGCACAUGCAGCUGGCGAUUUGGAGGAACGUGCUUCUGGUGGUGCGUGCACCGGAGGAGGGGCAGUAUGGGUUCAUGCUGUGUGAUAAGGAGCACAAGCAGGUGAAUGGAGGGGCGUGGGAGAGUGGGAUGAGUGGAAUGUGGGAGAGAGGGACAAACCAGGACAACAUCACCUUCGUCCCCAACGAUGCCUUCACCCGCCUCAAACCAGGGACAACAUCACCUUCGUCCCCAACGAUGCCUUCACCCGCCUCAAACCAGGACAACAUCACAUUCGACCCGGAGUUUCUCUUCCCCAAUGACGCAUUCACCCGCCUCGCCACACGCCAUGGCUGA